AGGACGCUGUGCCGCUGGGUCCUGGAGUGAUACCUACCACCUGGGCUUGCUCCCUUGCCUUUACCCUCCCUGACCUGGGGAUUCCGGAGCAUGCUUGCCCAGAGCCCUCAAAGUAGCCCUCUGCUCACAGCACACCUUACUGUUUUAACUACAUUUCUCAAGCCGAAGUUGCUAACGAGGUUGGAGAAACGGGUGAAAAGGAAGACAGUGGUGGCGCUGAAGGAGCUGAGCCAGCAAACCCAUGAAACUAAAUGCCGACGGGAAAGGCUGCUGGAGGACAGCAGGCAGCUACUGGAGGAGAAAUACCGUGUGCAGGCCGAAAACCAGCUUUUCCUGGAAUACCUGUGUAAGAACAAGGAGCAGUGUGAAAAGAAGCAGGAGGCCCUGCGGAAGCAGUAUGCUCAAGAAUGUGGCGAAAUAGAACAAAGGAGACAGGAACUGGCGUCCAGAUAUGCCCAGAGAAACUCAGCCCUUCAAGCCCAGCUCCUGCAGGGCAAAAAGACCCAGCAGGAUUUACAGCAGCAGCUGCAGGCACUGAAGAUUGUUUACACCAUAAAGGAGUGGCAGGACAGGAAGAUACAGACCUUGGAGAAGGAGAAAGAGAAAAUCCGAGGUGAGACAGCGGCCAAGGACCGGGAAGCACACAUCCAAUUUCUGCGGGAAAAGGCCCGGAUGGAGAAGGAGCUGGAAGAGUUGCGCUUGAUGGAACUGGGACAGAGCAGCACCAAGGGGCCUAGGAGGGAGUACAGGGCCUUGGCGCUGGCCUGCAAGCAGGCUCAUUUCGAGUUCUGUGACAGCCUCCACAGAGAGAACCAGCAGCUACGGAAGGAGCUUCAGCAGCUGAGUCAGGAGUACCGCAAGGUGGAGGCUGUGAGAAUCCGUUUAGAGAGAAGGCAGCAGCUGGUGAAGGAGGAGCAGUGGUAUCUAGAGGCCUUGAUCAGAGGGCGACAGCGGCUGCAGGCAGGACGUGAGCGCCAUCGUGGUCAUAAUCCGUGCCUCAAGGAAGAGCAUGCUUCAAAGACCAUGCUGAGCCCCAAAUCAAGAACAAAUUAAAAGUAACAGCUACCAUAACUGACUAAGGAAUCUGAGCACUGGAGGUAAUCUAUAAUCAAAGCAUCCAUCAUGGAGAAUGGAAUUGCGCUUUCAUGAUGGGCAGUUGUCGCAAUAUCCGGUUGUGCUCCUAGUCUGAGGUCCACAUCCAGGCCCUCUGCCCCCUGGGCUGUUGUGGGUUCCAAAGAUUUAGAACAUUUGGAAAACUUUUUUUAAAAAUUGUUUUUGUUUGUUUGUUUUCUUGUUUGUUUGUUUGUUUGUUUUGAGACAGGGUCUCUUUGUAGCUUUGGAGCCUUCCUGAAACUUGCUCUGUAGACCAGGCUGGCCUCGAACUCACAGAGAUCUUCUUGCCUCCCGAGUGCUAGGAUUAAGGGCGUGUGCCAACAACACCUGGCUUGGAAGACUUUUUAAAGAGUUGUGCCACACAUUUUUAUAGCAGCAUUUGAAAUUCUCAGAUUGCUCAUUGGCAACAUGUAUUUUAGUUCAACCACACUUAUUUUUUUUUCUUAAUAUGUACUUUUUAGUCACAAAGUGAGAUAUAUAAUUCAUAUGUUCUAUGUAUUUUUUUCCCAUUUGAAACAGCUAGGAGUCAUAUUUUAAACUGUAGGGCUUUGCUGUUUGUUGAGAGGGUUGUAUCCUUGCAUUUGUUGAACUGUGGUCCAGGAGAAUGGUCACGUAUUUUGUUUGGCAAGGCUCCUGCAUGGAAAAAUGUGGUUGGCUUUAUGGUUCUCAGAAAUUAUUGGUAAUGAAAAUUUUUAAAGUAACUUUCUAGAGUUUUCAGCUUUAUUGAUAUGUAAGUGGAUUUGUUUAAAAUCGGAUUAAAAGGGGACUUCACUUUUCAAUGUGUCUUAUCAUUUAACAUUGCU